GGCAUGCCAUAGUUGAAGGGUUAGCUGGAUUUGGAGCAACCGUACAUACAUGUUCCAGGGAUGAAGCAGAGCUCAACAAAUGCCUGGAACGAUGGAAAACUCUGAACAUUCAUGUCACCGGAUCAGUUUGCGAUGUCUCUUCCCGAGCCCAAAGAGAGAAACUAAUGGAGGGUGUCCGUUCCAUUUUCCAGGGGAAGCUCAAUAUCCUGAUUAACAAUGCAGGGACGGGCAUUGUGAAGCCAGCUUUGGAUUUCACUGCUGAAGAGUAUUCCUUUCUCAUGGCUACCAACUUGGAAUCAGCUUUCCAUCUGAGCCAACUAGCUCAACCUCUUCUGAAGGCAUCAGGGGCAGGCAGCAUCGUGUUCAUCUCAGCAAUCGCAGGGGUUGUAGGCAUGCCAAAUUUAUCCAUUUAUGCAGCAACUAAAGGAGCACUGAAUCAGCUCACAAAGAAUCUGGCUUGUGAGUGGGCAAAUGACAAUAUCCGAGUCAACUGUGUUGCUCCAGGGCCGAUCCGGACACCACUCAUGCAGCCUUCACUUGAUGACAAGGAAGCUACAGCAAGACAAAUCUCCCGCGUACCCAUGAGGCGUAUUGGAGAACCAGAGGAGGUGGCAUCUCUUGUGUCAUUCCUAUGUCUACCUGCUGCUUCCUAUAUCACGGGUCAAGUUAUUUGCGUGGAUGGAGGUUGGACUGCGAGUGGUUUCUAAAAGGAAAAACAACUCUACAAUGAAGUUCUUGCUCUCAAUCCUCAACUCUACCAGUGGCCUCGAGUGGUGAUGCAUGCUUAAGACAGGUUGGCAGAAAGCUUUUUUUAGUUGUGGUGGUUUUCAGUCAUGGAGACUAGAGCCUUGAGAAUAAAGUUCACGACAUUUUUGGUCGUUAUGAAUUGAUGGAUUCAUAUAGGCUAUCAUUUGGCCAUAAUUGCUACUUUGCAUCAUGAGAUGUCAAAUAUACAAUCUUCUCAAUAGAAGUUUUAAUGCCGCCAGCCACCGAUUUUGUGUAUAAU